CAGGAUAAACGACAAGAGGAGGGGAGCGUCACAGCAGUGGCAGUGCCGGUGGAGGCGGCGGAGCCAGGGGCAGGGGCAGCGGGUUCGCGGUUGCGUGGAGUGGCGGGCAUGACGGUGUGCGUCACGGGGGUGCUGCAGGGCCCCGACGGAGCCGGCAUGCAGCGAAGCGAGUUGCAGGCUCUGCUAGAGGCCGCUGGGGCGGUGUUUCACUCCUCCGUCAAAACAUCCACGCAGCUGCUGGUGGUGGGCGACAAGGCGGGCGGUCGCAAGCCGCAGGACGCAGCGAAGCGAGGUGUGCGGGUGCUGUCGGAGGAGGAGUUCUGGGGGCUGUACGGCAACUGAGAUGGUGGCGGCGGCGGCGGUGGUGGCGGUGACGGAGACUUUAUGCCACCAUGUCCCUUCACUCCCAGGGGCGCACCUGGGUUGCGUCAAAGGUUGGGAGGUUGCAUCAAAUUGGGGUUUGCGUUGUUUCGGAGCAAGGUGAGGGAGCAGGCUUUGCAUGCAAGAAUGCAUGUAUGUGUGCACCGGCCGAAUCUAUCCCACGCAUUAUCGCUUUACUUGAGGACGCAUGGACUCCCCCCCCUAUGUGCUUGCUGCAUCAUUGCUGUUUAUAUGGUUGCUUGCGGCUAGGUUAACCACACGCGUAGCUGGGAGCAGCGAGUGGGCUGUAGGGGCGACCUUGUGGUGACUUGGAUGGUGCUGUAACGCCCGCGGGAGUGCUUCUGAACUUCACUAGGUCAAGAGUUUGUUGCCAGGUUGUUGCCAGUUGGCGCACAUGCAGUUGGAGAUGUGUUCCGCGGUGCUGGUGCUAGUGGGGUGUGUGGCGCCACGACCUUCUGGCUACUUAGUUGUUGGCUUUAGACGCCGAGCAGCGACCUGGGUAGCAGCAGCAGCCGAGCAGCGACCUGGGUAGCAGCAGCAGUGAAAUAAUGUCCCUUGGCAGCUGCUGUCCCCUUACUUCGGCGCUUGCCGUGAGCGUUACAGCCUGCCUGAACAAAUAGCUUCUGUAAACUCGGAGGGUUACAGGAGACCAGAAGCACGGAACUACCUUGCAGAAGGACAGGCAACACAAAGGGUAGCCUAGAUCCUUGACCGCAACUCCGCAAGUGGCGGGCGAGGGUAUAUAGUGCAGAUGAGCGGAAUGUGGAGGAGACGGUGAGAGAGGUUGGAGGAGGAGAUGAGGGCCGAUGCUGCUGCUUGCAGUGCGGUACGGGUAUGCAGGUAUCGAGGUGUGGCGCUGGGUUAUGCAGACUGACAGAACAGUGCAAGGGAGGAUGGAGGGUCGAGAGGAAGCGGCGAGCUUACAUGGUCGUUGGCGCAAAAGGCAGGAAACCAACAACACGUCCCAAACGCCGUCACGACAAAAAAAGAGAUGGCACCAGGCACCGGCAGGCCAGCCUGUGGUGGGGAAGCAACACAGCAGCAGCAGCUACGAGAACCUUUCCAAACGGCUGCUGGAGAGACAUUAUCACAACUGUACAAGGGCAACUGUGCCGACAGGCAGGGACUGCAGACAGGAACACCCCUAUGUAUACACCGCUCAAGCACCGGUGCAUGUUGUAACAAAAGAAGA